CGUGUCCGCAGCCGUUCCCGGGUGGGGCCGGUCUCGGGCUCCGAGCGGCCCUGCCAGCGGGGCCGGGCUCUGAAGUUCAUUUCGCCGUGUUCCAGGCUCAGAGGGACCCCUCCUUCAUCUCCUGUCUUGGAGCUUUGUGGUUUUUCUGCUUCUUGUCGGCUCACCUUAAGGGCAGAGCCCUUGCCCUGCCUCUGCGGAGCAGCCUGGAAAGGAAAACCUCGUGUCGUGGCAUUGGAGAAGUUCCUAUAAGGAAAUUAUUUACUUAAACAAACUUUAAAAGCACCACCGGUGUGCCAGGAACCCUGUAACCAUGGGAGCACUUAAGGUUUUCCUGUUGUAAGAAGUAUGUACUCUUAGCUGGACCUCAAUGUACCAGCUUGUGUGCUUAGAUCUUUAGAUCAAAGCUUUGGUGUCAGUUAAAUGUUUCAGAAAGCCAGAACAGGAAACCCCCACACUACAACUCCCACCCCUUGCUUCCUGUUUGAGUACAUGUGUGGGAGAGCAAGUACAUUGUAAGAACCAAUUAGUGCAUGUGAGAGUGGAAAAAAAAUAGAUGUAAACAACAGCUGCCUUGCUGGGAAAUUAAAGGUCCUGAUCUCAUUUGUUUUGGAUGGCAACACACCUUCCACAUGCUGCUGGCUCCUCAACAACAAUAGCAGCAGAAUCUGUUAAGAGAUGGGGAAAGCAAGGAGGCAGAGGAAGGUGGAGGCUGGAUUGUAAAAGCAAACAUGCCUGGAGAAGCAAACUUCGUGAUCAUCAAAGGUGUGCGAGGAGCAGAAGUGUGAGGAAGAGGUCUUCCCCCUGGCCAUGAAUUACGUGGAUCGCUACCUGUCCUCAGUCACCAUGAGGAAAAGUCACCUGCAGCUUCUGGGAGCAGUCUGCAUGCUCCUGGCUUCCAAGCUGCGAGAAACCAUGCCCCUGACUGUGGAGAAGCUCUGCAUUUACACAGACAACUCCAUCACGCCUCAGCAGCUCCUGGAUUGGGAGGUUCUAGUCCUGGAGAAGCUAAAGUGGGACCUGGUCUCAGUGAUAGCAAAUGAUUUCUUGGCUCACAUCCUCUAUCACCUCCCACUGCCUAAGGACAAGAUGGAGCUGGUGAAGAAACAUGCACAGACUUUUAUUGCCCUGUGUGCCACAGACUACACGUUUGCCCUGUACCCUCCCUCCAUGAUUGCGACGGGCAGUAUCGGAGCAGCGAUCCACGGCCUGACCGUCUCCGCGGACAGUGUCACCGGUGAGGCCAUCACUGAGCUGCUGGCCAGCAUCACUGGCACUGAGGUGGACUGCCUGAAAGCCUGUCAGGAGCAGAUUGAGGCAGCCUUAGCUGAGGGCCUGAAACAGGCAUCCCAAACCCAGCAGGAAUACAGCACAGCCAAGACUGCUGCCUACCCAGCCAGCCAGCCCACCAGCACCCCCACAGACGUCACGGACAUCAACCUGUGACAGCCCCUUCCCGGGGCCACCCAGCGUCACCACGGGACCUUGCCCUGGACACCGACAGGUCGCUGCAUCCCACCUACCCCUCCCUCAGCCCCUCCACCCAUCCUGCUGAGGAUCUGCUCUGCUUGCUGGGAGGGCAGAGCAGGAUCUGUGCUCGCCUGUGGGAGCGGGCGGCCGGGCUGGCUGCUGCAGGUGGCUGGGGUGAAGUGACCCUUUUCCAUGGUGGCAGGGCACAAGAAUUACUGGGGAGGGAGAGCAAAAGCCACGAUGAAGUUACAAAAUGUUGCUCAGCUUGAAUUCCUGGUAGCCUGGCUGGCUGCUGGUCACCAUCUCCUCGGAGGGGGUUACUGUGAUGACUUCCAGCCCCCUGUGGGCCAUCAAUCAUGGAUAGUGAGCUGCUCACCCUGGCCUACGUGACCAAAAUCCUUCUAACCCCCCAACCUCCCUCCCCAGGCUGGGGUGCUGAGGGGCUCAGGAGAGAGAACUGAGUGUCUGGGAGGAGGGAGCAGGUGCUGGUUGGCCCCUUGGUCCCAGUUGCUUUGUGCCAGAUUCCUGUGGCUCCUGGGGGUGGCGGGGCUGCUUCUGCUUGGAGGGGAAACGUGUGGCUUGUUUCUUGUUGCCGUUGGAGUUGGGAUUUGUGGGUUUUUGGCUUGCCGGGGGGGGAACGUGCUCCCUUGUCUGCAUGGAGAGCAGGAGUCCUGGCCUUGGGGAGCAGCCUCCUGGGUGAUUGGGUGCAGUUGGGGGAAGGUGUGUCCCCCCUUGUGCGAACCCCAGCAAAUCCCCUUGGCUUUCUGCUGCCCCACUGAGGCUGCUUAAUUUAUUGGUAACUGCUGGGAAAUGAGGAGGGAGGAAGACUUUGCAGUUCCUUGGUCUCCUCUCCUUCCAAAAGAGUGCCUUCACCCUUCAUCCCCUUCCCUAGCUCCCUGGGCAAUGGUUUGGGUUGGUUGUUUUUUUUUUUAGGUAGCUUAGGCAUCAGACUAGGUUAUAAGAAAUAUAUUUGAAUGUGCUGCUAUAGUCUGAAAUGCAUCUUCACUCCUCCAAGGCAGGGAUCUGGGAUCAUGUUCAGGAGGGGGCUGCAUCUCUCUCCGUGUGGGUCCGAGUUGUGUCCUUCUAGGGUGGAAAAUUUUGCUGCGCACUUGAGUUGAAAAGCGAUUGCAUUUUUGUAUUGUUGUUGAUCCUGUCUGUUAGUUUUUAUAAAAAGUGUUUAAAAUAAAAAAAAAAUAAUGCUGCUUUUCUAAGAGGAAAAAAAAACCAUUAAAUAGUAAAAUUGUAUUAACGAGGAGAAGCCAGAGAGACUCUGCAGGGAUGGGAGGCAGACUUGCUGCUUGGUGACCUCUGGACAUGUGGAUCUGUGGCUGUUGUCCUCCUGUGGGGGAUGUGGGAAAGGAGGUAGAAAAGUUCCUUUUUGGAUGCCACUAGAAACAAAAGUCUUAUCAGGUGGAAAAAAAAAAUGGGGCUGCUGUUCUUCCACUCGCCUGACUUGUCAAGAAGAUCUGUCUGCCACUGGCUCCUGCUAGCAGGAGGGCCAGGGGUCGUGCAGAGCCUUUCUGUACAAAAUGAAAAAAAGAAUUUUUAUAUAUAAAUGAGUUUUAAUUUAAGAGUAAACUAGUUUGGUGUUCACACACAGGAGUCCCACUGCUGGGAGAAUCAGAGAACCGUACGACGUUCAAUAAAGUAUUUUAAACAAGUA